CCUUAAUCUACAUUAUAAAAAAAUGAACGUAUAGAGGAUUUCUGAUAAUUUCUGAGGAGGGGGGAAGUUCGAGUACUUUUUUUCUGUCCCGUAAUCAGUCGACACUCUUGAAAAACUUGGACAACAAAUGACACGGGAUUUUGUGAUUUCUCACGCGCUUUGGUCAUUUAGACAAAAAUGUCUCAAAGGGGAGGAGGGAAAGGAAGAGCGAGCCGUGGGCGAGCCACCCAAAAGCCGGCAGGUUCUACGCCUCAGGAGCAACAUCUUCCGCACGCCCAAGUUCCAUCGACCAGUGGAGCUGUUCGCAGACCAGGAACCCAACAAGCGGCUAAUAAUAAGACACUACUAUGAUCUUCAACCAAGUUUAGUAAGCACAGGACGCGGUUUAAGUGCUCAACGCGUUGGUGAGAAAGGCGAUGGCGCAGCGGUUGCACAGAUAGGGAGAGGCGUGGAGCGACUUGGAAUACAAUCUGCUG